CGUGUAAGAGCCGUGUGAGAGCCGUGUGAGAGCCGCACAGAGAGCCGUGUAAGAGCCGUGUAAGAGCCGUGUGAGAGCCGUGGACUCAGGUCUCGUGCACACAGGACAGAUGGCGCGUGAAUCCUCUCGGCGCUGCACGCUCGUGCCCCUCGCGCUGCUGCUCUUCGGGCUCGUGGCCAUCCUGCUCCUCACGCUGCCCACGAGGGACGUGCCCGACGCGCCCGGAUACAUGUACGGGAUCGUCCUGGAUGCGGGCUCCUCCCACACUGCUCUCUUCGUGUACAAGUGGAGAGCAGACAAGCAGAACGGAACCGGCAUCGUCACUCAGCACAGCGAGUGCCACGUCAAAGGUGGGGGCAUCUCGAGUUACGCCGGGGAGAGUGGAGGAGCAGCUCGCAGUCUGGAGCUCUGUCUGGAGCAGGCUGUGAGGGAUGUGCCCAGAGACAGACACGACUCCACCCCUGUGUACCUGGGGGCCACGGCGGGCAUGAGGCUGCUCAAUAUCUCCAGUCCUCAGCAGUCGUCCCGGAUCCUGAAGGAGGUGGAGCAGAAGCUGAGGUCGUACCCCUUUGACUUCAGGGGGGCGGCCAUUUUGAGCGGGGCAGAGGAGGGGGCGUACGGCUGGGUCACCGUCAACUACCUGCUGGAAAACUUCAUCAAGUACAGUUUCGUGGGCCGUUGGCUGAGUCCGGGCAGGGGCACCGUGGGCGCUCUGGACUUCGGUGGAGCAUCUACCCAGAUCACUUUUGCCACAGAGGAGCAGGUGGAGGAGGAGGGGGACAGGGUCACACUCCAGCUCUACGGUCACCACUACACCCUGUACACACACAGCUACCUCUGCUACGGCCGCGACCAGGUGCUCAAGAGGAUCCUCGCUCAUCUGGUCAAGACUCAGGGAACAUCCGGGUCCAUCACUCACCCGUGUUACCCCGCUGGACACAGUCAAAGGGUCUCUCUGCACACCAUCUUCAGCUCUCCCUGCACCUCCACAUCCAGACCAGCACCCUCUGACCCCCAGACGGACCCCGAGGCAGAGCUGAGCAUCCGGGGCUCUGGGCACUACCAGCACUGCAUGGGAAACAUCUCUCAGAUCUUCUCGUUCGACCAGUGCUCCUUCUCUCGCUGCUCGUUCGACGGGGUGUUCCAGCCCAACGUCAGCGGCAGUUUCAUGGCGUUCUCUGCUUUCUUCUACACUCACUCAUUCCUGCAAAAAGUCACUGGUGUUACCAUGACGACGCCUGCACAGCUGGAAGAAGCCGUCAAGACGAUCUGUGGACUGAACUUUAAUCAACUGCUGGCCCUGGCCCCAGAGCAGAAGUCUCGUCUGCAGGAUUACUGUGCCUCUGCUACAUUCAUGCAGGUGCUCCUGCUCCGAGGAUACGGCUUUGAUCAAACGUCAUUUCCACAAGUUUCCUUCCAGAAGAAGGCGGGAGGCACAUCGGUGGGCUGGGCUCUGGGCUACAUGCUCACUCUGAGUAACCUGCUGCCCGCUGAGAGCCCGUCUCUGAGGAAGGCCUUGACGCCCGGGGCCUGGGGGACUCUUCUCUUCCUGGUGGUCCUGGUGCUGACUCUGGCUCUGGGCUGUGUGCUGGUGCGCGCCUGUCAGGGGAGGAAAGAGAGCAGCACCGAGAGCACCAUCUGAGACACAGCACUGCAUUGGAACGGACAUUUUAUAUGAAAACAGAUUGCACUAAAAACAAAUGUACUAUUUUUAUAUUUAGAAUUUCCAUUGCAUUUGAACUAGAGUUUAUACAUGUUAAACUUUUUGAGACCAGAGACUCCUUACUGGUGUGAAAAUAUCCCAAGCACUCUAUAUAGUCCUCUGCACUGGCACUGCAAUACAAUUCAGAAGCUCAACCCUUAUUUAGAACCAAAUUGGGAUGACAGACACAUUUCUCAUAGUCCUUCUUUUUUAGUGUACUUGUUUCCAUCAAAAACAUGUUUUUAUGGUAUUAUAUAUCAUAAGAAAUUGUAGUAUUUACAUCAUGAUCAGUUGUUCAUGUUUUAUAUAAUAUCUCAUAUUUAUUGCUUUAAAAUAGUUUUUUAUGUACACUAACAAAUGUGAAGAACCUGACCAACCCACUGUUAUAGACUUUUUGUAUGAUUUUUUUAUGAAGUUGUUACACAUUGUUAGUUAAAACAGAAAUAAUAUCUGUGUAAAAGAAACUUGUACUGAAGAAAAUGAAAUGAAAUCAAAGCAGCAAAGCAGGUCUGUACCACUGACUGAUCAUGAUGAAUGUG